AUGCCCCAUCGCAUGCUCUCACAUCAUGCCCCAUCGCAUGCCCUCACAUCAUGCCCCAUCGCAUGCCCUCACAUCAUGCCCCAUCGCAUGCUCUCACAUCAUGCCCCAUCGCAUGCUCUCACAUCAUGUCCCAUCGCAUGCUCUCACAUCAUGCCCCAUCGCAUGCUCUCACAUCAUGCCCUGUCGCAUGCUCUCACAUCAUGGCCUGUCGCAUGCUCUCACAUCAUGCCCCGUCGCAUGCUCUCACAUCAUGCCCCAUCGCAUGCUCUCACAUCAUGCCCCAUCGCAUGCUCUCACAUCAUGCCCCAUCGCACGCUUUCACAUCAUGCCCCAUCGCACGCUCUCACAUCAUGCCCCAUCGCAUGCUCUCACAUCAUGCCCCAUCGCAUGCUCUCACAUCAUGCCCCAUCGCAUGCUCUCACAUCAUGCCCCAUCGCAUGCUCUCACAUCAUGCCCCAUCGCAUUCUCUCACAUCAUGCCCCAUUGCAUGCUCUCACAUCAUGCCCCAUCGCAUGCUCUCACAUCAUGCCCCAUCGCAUGCUUUCACAUCAUGCCCCAUCGCAUGCUCUCACAUCAGGCCCCAUCGCAUGCUCUCACAUCAGGCCCCAUCGCAUGCUCUCGCAUCAUGUCCCAUCGCAUGCUCUCACAUCAUGCCCCAUCUCAUGCUCUCACAUCAUGCCCCAUCGCAUGCUCUCACAUCGUGCCCCAUCGCAUGCUCUCACAUCAUGCCCCAUCGCAUGCUCUCACAUCAUGCCCCAUCGCAUGCUCUCACAUCAUGCCCCAUCGCAUGCUCUCACAUCAGGCCCCAUCGCAUGCUCUCACAUCAUGCCCCAUCUCAUGCUCUCACAUCAUGCCCCAUCGCAUGCUCUCACAUCGUGCCCCAUCGCAUGCUCUCACAUCAUGCCCCAUCGCAUGCUCUCACAUCAUGCCCCGUCGUUUGCUCUCACAUCAUACCCCAUCGCAUGCUCUCACAUCAUGCCCCAUCGCAUGCUCUCACAUCAUGCCCCAUCGUUUGCUCUCACAUCAUGCCCCGUCGCAUGCUCUCACGUCAUGCCCCGUCGCUCUCGCAUCAUGCCCCAUCGCAUGCACUCGCAUGAUGCCCUGUCGCAUGCACUCACAUCAUGCCCCAUCGCAUGCUCUCACAUCAUGCCCCAUCGCAUGCUCUCACAUCAUGCCCCAUCGCAUGCACUCAAACGCCUCUUACCCGCCGAUUUGCUGCUGGCUGUGCGGUGUUGUGCCCUGUGCGUGUUCUUGAGAGUGUGUGUUUGGGGGGGCGCGCAUGUGUGCAUGUCUGUUGUCAUGCAUGAGCAGGCGGGCACAUCACCGGGGGACGGCCCGGGCAUGGGCGCUCCUCUGCAGGCUGUUGCCAUCGUCAUCCGCACGCUCGCCCAGCUGUGGCGCAAGCCCAUAGUGCCGGUGAAUCACUGUGUGGCGCACAUCGAGAUGGGACGCUGCGUGACUGGCGCCCAUGACCCUGUGGUGCUAUACGUCAGUGGCGGCAACACGCAGGUGAUAGCCUACUCAGAGGGCCGCUACCGCAUAUUCGGGGAGACCAUUGACAUCGCCGUGGGCAACUGUCUGGACCGCUUUGCUCGUGUGCUCAACAUCUCCAAUGACCCCAGCCCGGGAUACAACAUCGAGCAGCUGGCGAAGCAAGGGCAUCGUUACGUGGAGCUGCCCUACGUGGUGAAGGGCAUGGAUGUGUCAUUCUCGGGCCUCCUCACAGCUGUUGAGGGCCUGGCACAGCGUGUUUCUGCACCCGACAGCGUGGGGGACGAUGGCUACACCGCGGCGGACCUCUGCUUCUCGCUGCAGGAAACCAUCUUUGCAAUGCUGGUGGAGACAACCGAGCGAGCCAUGGCUCACUGCAAUAAGCGCGACGUGCUUAUAGUGGGGGGCGUGGGCUGCAACAUCCGCCUGCAGGAGAUGAUGCAGCAGAUGUGCUUAGAGCGAGGGGGAAGGCUCUUUGCCACAGACGACCGGUACUGCAUCGACAACGGCGCCAUGAUUGCUUACACUGGGCUGCUGGCUUUUCAGCACGGUGGCCUCAGCAUGACUGUUCCUGUAGCGGAGUCCACUUGCACUCAAAGGUUUCGAACUGAUGAGGUGGAGGCGGUGUGGAGAGAGGGGCAGGGGAGAAAGGGAGAGGGGGUGGAGGGGUUGGAGGGAGGAAGAGCAGGUGUGGGGGUGAGGGUUGCAGGGGGUGGAGAGCGGAAGCAUGGAGUUGAGAAUGGAGAUGGGGUGGGGAGUGGUGGGAAGGGGUGUGCGGGUGAGCAAGAGGGGUUGGGGAUGGUGGAUCAUGUGGCAGGGCAUUUAGAAAAGAAGCUCAAGGCUGAUGGGGAGGAGAGAAGGGAAGAGAGGGAAGAGAAGGCAGUGCAAGAGGAGCCCAGUCUUAUGGUGGUAGGCUGA